CUUCUGGGUCCUCAAAUCCAGUCGUUGUGUUUGUCACCAGCUGCGAGUUUCUGACGGAAGUCGAGUCGAAGAUGUGUCAUGGACCUGGCGCGCCGCCUUCAAAGCAAGGCGAAGCUGGUGAAGCUUGGCCAAGUCGUGGCCCUUCCGGUGCGGCGAGCGUUGCAUACAGAUUAUCAUGGUAGGCUACCCAUGCCCCUCUACUCGCUCCAAGGGCCCAAAGCACGCUUGAAAGAUCUCCAGGUGGCCCUUCGCGAAAUCGAGCAGGGCGAGUCUGAAGGCACAGGCGACUCUCAUGUGGAAGAGUUGGAGUCUCUACACGAGAAGUUCAUCAACGCAGGCACGACCAAGGAGAAGCUGCGAGAGAAGAUUCAGAUGUACUUGGCUGGCGAGGUGCACAGUGAGGUGGUCGAAGCUCUUGACGCGCGAUUGCUGGCGUGUCACGAUGUGCUCCUUGAAGAUUUGUCUGAGCCCCUCUUGGAGGGCUUCCUCCAAGACGUGAAGCGCUUUCAAUCGCCCAACGAAGUCGUAGGUGGUGGAAUGGAUCAGGUACGAGAGGAGCUCUAUGGACCCACAGCCCUACCCAUCCUCACCAGUGAUGCCAAGGCGAAGGCUUGCUUCUCUGGCGCAGAGCCCAGGAGGAGGCAGCUGGUGAUUGAACGUGUUGCUUUGAACGUGGCCUAUCGAGAAUUCUUGGAGCCGCCAACUCAGAGGGCUGGGCGAGCUCGCCAGUCACGGUCUGCGAGUGGUUUGAGUGUCAAUGUGCCAAGCCUGAGUCAAUUGUAGCUUGAAUGUAGUCCUUUGCUGUUCCCAAAUAGCUAGAUCCGACAUCAGCCAAGGCUACAAUCCAGGCAUUUCUAAUUGUGUUCUUCAUGUGCGGACCAUUUCUAUUGGUGUGGUCUGGCUCCCAACCCUCCGCACUCACUCGGUGUCCUUUCAUUGCGAAGAGGUCACAACGGC